CAAAACGUUUAUAACAUUUUGUGCAUGGUUAAAUGUUAUUUUCCACUCAUUGUGUAGUAAGACUGUAUGGUCACAGAACUUGACUCAUUCACCUAACUAAAAGUCAGUCAUGUGUUGGCUGUAGUUUGUAUUUAUCUGAAAGUAGGCUACGAAACAAUCAAGCAAGGAAAUGUCAAGUGAAGGAGCACAUCUGGAUGUGCUGAGUGCCAUCUCUGAGAGCCUGCAGUCAUUAGGUGCAGAGCUGAGACAGGCUGCUGUAGAUACACACUGCGAUAACUUUUUCUUUAGACUGGAAAGCAUUGUCCAUGUUUUGUCCAGAUUUGUUGUGUACAGAUCACUGCGACAAGAAGAGGAGAUAUUUUCACUUUUAAAUAUUGCAUUACAUGAGCUACAUAUCUAUUCUUUGCCAGUCCAAACCUGUGAAAGAUUUUUCUUUCUUAGUGAACAGCAACUGAAAUAUUUGCUUGACGAACAUUUCACAGUUAAAGAAAUUGCUGCAAUGUAUUCUGUAAGUCAACGAACAAUCCGGAACAGAAUGACACAGUAUCAGUUAUCUGUGAGGCAGACUUACAAUGAUAUCUCUGAUGAAGACUUAAAAAUACAUGUGAUGGAAUUCAUUGCCAGUUGUCCUAAUACAGGACAAAAGAUGGUCAUGGGACAUCUUAAAGCAAGAGGUAUAAGGGUACAGCAACGAAGAGUCCGUGAGGUUAUGAGAACCAUUGAUCCGGUUGGGACUAUGUUACGUGGAUUGGAACUGAAUAUUGUGCCAAGACGCCCUUAUUCAGUUCCAGCACCUCUCUCCUUGUGGCAUAUUGAUGGAAACCAUAAACUCAUCCGUUGGAGAAUAGUUGUCCAUGGGGGCAUUGAUGGCUUUAGCCGUAAAAUAAUGUACCUGAAAGCCAGCGAUAACAACAUGUACACUACUCAACUUCAAUGCUUCAUCGAACCUAUCCAUGACCAUCUACUGCCUCAGCGUGUCCGCAGUGACCAUGGUGGGGAAAAUGUAGAUGUGGCAAGGUUCAUGCUUGAACAUCCUGAUCGAGGACCUGAGCGCAAGAGCUACAUCACAGGCAAGAGUGUCCAUAAUCAACGCAUAGAGAGGCUAUGGCGGGACUUAUGGUGCACAGUCAUCCAUAUUUACUAUGCGGCCUUCCGGCACCUGGAGGACAUUGGAGUUCUUGAUCCGAACAGUGAUGUUCAUAUCACAUGUCUACACUAUGUGAUGAUUCCGAGGCUGAACUGGCAUCUGAAGUUCUUUUCUGACAGCUGGGCCCGACAUCCCCUGUCUUCGGAGGGCUACAGGUCUCCCCAGCAGCUGUGGGUGGCAGGGCUACUUGUUGCACCACAACAGCUUCCUGAAGAGGUCGAAAUGUCUGACUGGGGUAUUGAUUGGGAUGGACCAGUUCCUGUUGAAGAUCCGCAGCAACAAACUGACAUUCCAAUGACGCAACCAGCACUUCGAGAGAUGCUGGAGGCCCAGCUCCAGGGUAGCAUUGACCCUUUCAAAACCAGUGACUUGUUUGGUGUGGAUAUUUACCAGGAGGCACUGAUGGUGGCUCGAAGUGUUUUGAACAACAUUCAGUAGUGAACAGUCACUAAAAUGGAUCUGAACCUCAUUGUCCUACCAUAUGUGUUGGAGAGGCUUUUGGACUGUUGUUGUAGAUUAACUCUGUGUAUUGGAGGUAGAUGGACCACAGAGGUAUUCAAUGAUGUACAUAGUCUGGAAAAUAAGUACAAUAAAGUGAAUAAACUAAGUAAUAAUAAUAAGCAUUUACUGUUACAUAAUGUAAAAUAAUUAUUCUUAAUUCACAUCAGUGACAUUUCUCUACUCAACAUCCAGUUAAAUAAACAGAAACGAGAUAUUCCACCGGAAAAUAGGCUGUAAGCUACCAUUUGUCAUCAAUAACAU